AUGCAAAAGAUUCCUUACGUAUCAGCUGUUGGGAUUUUGAUGUAUGCCCAAGUCUGUACGCGUUCAGAUAUUGCAUUCAUAGUUGAGGUGUUAAGUAGAUAUUUGAACAAUCCAGGAAUGGAUAGUUGGAAAAUAGUCAAAAAGGAUGGGAGGUAUUUAAAGAGAACAAAAUAUUAUAUGCUCACAUAUAGGAGGUUAAACCAGUUAGAUAUCACUGGAUACUAUGACUCAGAUUUUGGUGGAUGCCAAGAUAGUAAAAGAGCCACUUCAGGCUAUAUCUACAUGUUGGCCGGUGGAGCAGUUUCUUGGUGCAGUGCCAAGCAAACUCUUACGGCUUUAUCCACCACGACAGCGAAAUUAAUAACAUGUUAUGAGGCAUCCAACCAUGUGAUUUGGUUGAUGAACCUUAUCACUAGGUUGCGAAUUAUGGAAGAAAUUGAAAGACCACUUAAGUUAUAUUGUGACAAUAAAUCAGUCAUUCUAUAUUCAACAAUAAUAGGAGCUCGACCAAGUCAAAAUAUAUUGAUAUCAAGUUCCUAG